GCUUGACGCCAUGGUUAAUAUUUCCCUUGACAGAUACAUGUCUGAAGAGUGAACUGAAAAGUGUAUUGAUUACACAGCAUGUCUCCCCGCAUUGAUGAUGUCAUGAAGCUGUGUUGUGAGCUAUCUGCAAAUCAGCAGAUAAAGACUGCAGUGAAGCAUUCUGGGAAGGGAGCGAUGACUGCUGGAGGACUCGCUUUUGCUGGAGGAUUGGUUGGGGGACCGCUUGGCAUCGCCGUAGGCGGUGCUGUUGGAGGACUUCUGGGAUGCUGGAUGACAAGCGGUCAGUUCAAACCACUUCCUCAGGUCAUCAGGGAAAUGACACCAGGACAGCAGCAGAAGCUCUACGAGGACAUCAUGGCCAUCUUGGGCUCGAUUGAUUGGACAGAUGUAGCUCAGUUAUUGGCUAUAGUCAUGGGAAAUGCAGCACUUCAGCAGCAAGUAACUGCAGCUUUACUGAGCUACAUUCACAAAGAGCUUCAGGCUGAGGUUCAUUAUGUGGACUGAAAUCAGAUCACUUGUUUGGACAACAUAUUUAAAGAAGAUAAUGUAGUCUACAUAUUUAAGUGACACCUAUUUAUUUUAGUAUAUUUUAAAAUCAACAAUUUUAGGAACAAAUUGCAAAUGACACACUACAUUUUUCACAGUCAGGAUGAAUACAAUGAACUGUUGACUUUUACAAGACAACUGUAAAACACGACUUAAAUAAUAUACUCACUAAAAUU